ACCCCCAACUCAAGCUCGGCAUCUCAAGGCUCUAACUCUCGCUCAAUCUUACUCAAGACAAACUCACAAAUACGAGACAUCAUUACCCAAAUGAGACCACCGGUUGUGUACAUCCCACGCCUGUACGCGCCUCUCGUAACCCUGACCCGCCAAUCAUUCCGGCCGUCGCCCGCCCUGACCGCCGUCCGCGCCGCCACCGCGACGACGAGGUCGAACAGCAGGACGAGCACAUCAUCGGGAACCCAGUCGAGGACGAUGGGGGCACCGGCGCCAGCAGCAGUAUCAGAAGCCGCCAACGGCUCGGCGGCGGCGGCGAGUGCUGCAGGAGGAAGAGUAGAGACCCAGAAUCAACAGUUGGAGGAUGGUAGCCACCACGAGCACCACCCCACGGAAAGCACGUCACCCGCCCCUGAAAACACGACAUUCAACGCCCCCGCGGCGGACGACAGCAACACCGAUUCUAGCCAGCGCCAGCCUCACGCUCAGCGUCCAACCGAGCCUGCUCAGCAGAAGCAGCCCCCUGCUUUGCCGCCGCUUCCCGAGCCCUCGUUGUCUGGGGGUAACUCCGCGGGAGGUGGCGGCAGCGGCAGCAUCACCCUCGACAUGAGCGGCGGCGACGGCGCCUCGACCAAGCUCGACCACUUGGGGCCCCUGGUGGUCAACCAGGACGGCACUAUGUCGCGGAUCGGCAACUGGGGCGAGAUGACGGAGAUUGAGCGUCGCAACACGCUGAGGAUCCUCGGCAAGAGGAAUCAAAUUCGUCUCGCGGCCCUCAAGGGAGAGCAAGGCAAUGGCGCUGGAAACGGGGCCGGCCGAGGCUGAGAACUCGAUCAAGCGCGAAUCGAGACCUCGUCGGAAACGGUGAGUGAGGUCGAAAGGAUUUUCUCGACGAUAUGCGAGAAAGUGGACGCCUCCGGAGGAGUCCAAGGGUUGGGACGAGGGUGUAGGGCCGAGUAAUACUGCUGUAUAUGGCAACUACGCCAACCCGAGGAAAUGAAGCGUCUCCAUUCUCCAAACCUCCGUCCCAU